CCGGAAAUGACUCAACGGAGGAUUAGUUUGCGAUCUCCAUUUUGUCGUCGACUUUUAUUUAAGCUGCAUCAUUUCCCGCAGCGGCUCUGAGCAGGUGUUCAUUAUUCAGGAUGAGUUGCCGUGUGUUCAUCGGGAGACUGAGCCCUCAUGCUACUGAGAGAAAUGUGGAGAAGUUUUUCAAAGGAUAUGGGCGAAUUAAGGAAAUUGAUUUGAAGAAUGGUUUUGGAUUUGUGGAGUUUGAAGAUUACAGAGAUGCAGAAGAUGCUGUUUAUGAGCUGGAUGGAAAAGAACUGUGCAAUGAAAGAGUUACAGUUGAACAUGCCAGAGCGCGCCCUAGAGGAGGACGUGGAGGUGGACGAUUUCAAGGUCGCUUUAGUCCACGGUGGUCCCGUAGUAGUGGAGGGGGAAGAAAUGGGCCUCCAAUUCGUACAGAAAACCGAGUGAUUGUUGAAAAUCUAUCUUCACGAGUCAGCUGGCAGGAUCUGAAGGACUUUAUGAGACAGGCCGGUGAAGUGACUUUUGCAGAUGCACACAGACAUAAACUCAAUGAAGGAGUUGUAGAAUUUGCCUCCUAUAGUGACUUGAAGAAUGCACUUGAUAAGUUGUCUGGGACAGAACUUAACGGAAGGAGGAUCCGACUGAUUGAAGAACGUAAACAAUACAGGUCUCGGAGCAGGUCCAGAUCCCGCAGCCGCAGUUCAUCACGAUCUCGUAGCCGAACACGUAGCCGAUCUCGGUCCAGAGGCCGCAAGUCCUAUAGUAGAUCAAAGAGCAGGAGUCGCAGUAAAACGCGUUCUCGUAGCCGAUCACCUGUGCCUGCUAAGGAGCAGAAAGGCCGAUCUCCUUCACCAGCUAAAUCCCCAGAGUCAGCAGAGCGCCCAAGAUCUCAUUCUCGAUCCCGAUCUUGUUCACGGUCAAAAUCCCGAUCCAGAUCACCUUCUGCUGAGAGUGCUGAAUGAAUAUCGUUUGUUACUUCAUAAAUUGGACUCUUACCCCAAGUGAAAAUUGGUGUACUAUAACUAUAAACCAAGUAGGAAUCGGUGAAUUUCUGUCAAAGGAUUGCAAAUUUCAUUUUAAAAAGGCACAAUAUGUUUAACAUACAGUACUUUUGACUUGCAAUUCAGUUUUAUUUAGAGAAAGUAAUUUACAUGCUAUCAUUAGCUAAUUUUUUUUUGCCUUUCUAUAAUAGUGAAUACAAUUCCAUCAUUUUUUUUCUUACACAUUGCUUCAAAUAGCCCACAGAAUUGUACAUUUACAUUGAUUGUGUGAACAUGUUUCUGUAGUUUUUUGCCUUGGUUCAUAUGUCUGAGAUAAUUUUCCAAUUGCUGGAUGUUUUAGAAAUUCUGUUGGCAGCAAAUCUUCAAUGUAUCACUUAGUGUUUGAAGUAUACAGGGAAAGAAUGUGUUGUGUACACCCAUUUUGUACAUUAAAUAUCUACCUUGGUUUGCUGUAAUUUUUGCAUUUGUGCAAUGGGCAAAUUUACAUGCUAUGAAUAACCUGGCCCUAAUGCCUUUAGCAUUGAUAUAUUUACAGUAGAAUUGUAAAUUGUACUAUUUUAUGUCCAUGAAAAACAUGGAAUAAGAAUAAAGGUAGAUGGUAUUCCA